UGCCUCUGCUCUCAUCAACAAUCUCUUCUUUUUCUUCUGUUCCCUCGUCUCCUUCUCCUUUUGUGCUCUGAACUCGUACGAGUACUCCGUGGAAACUCCAAGUGUGGCAGCUUAGCACCGCCUUGUAACCACCAAAGUUCCUUUUUUUUCUUUCCCUUUUUUUUUGGUCUUCGUAGUGGUGGGCUACUGUUACUCCAACAUGUGCUCAUGGUGCCAUGAUAUCAUCCAGUAUCAAAAUCCACCUCAGUGGGUGGUUCAGCACUUGUGUGGGUACCAGUACCAGUACCAGUACCAGUACCAGUACCUGUACCUGUACCUGUACCUGUUGCCUCCCCCUCUCCAGACCGCGCACCAAGUCGUUCCAAACAAUUGA